AUGAAUAUUUUUCUUUAUAUUUUAGGUGCAGAUGAAACCGAUGCAUCUUAUGAUGAUCCAACCGAAGAUAAUAAACAAACACAAGAGACAACCACCGUUGCUGAAAAUGCUAACGAUAAUGAAGAAGAUGAUGCUAUUGAUGAGGGAGAUGAUAAAACAACAACAACAACAAUAAUAACAACCACAAAGGCAGCGAGUGAUGACACAGAAGACACAUCAGAUGAUGUUGCAUAUUAUGAUGAUCCUGAUCAGGACGAAGGACGUGCAACUCCUGAAGUACCACCCAUUCCACAUCCGACAAAAUCUACCCAACCAUCACGAGUUGAACUUCGUGUAAUUGUCAACCCAGCAGUUCUUCAUGUUCAACGUGGUCAAACAGUUGAAUUAACUUGUAUUGUUUAUGGCGGUGAUUCAAGUACAAGUAUUUACUGGAUUCAAGAAGAACCUGAGCGACGUUAUGCUGUAUUAGAUCCAGCUCGACCAAACGAUAGACAAGUAACAGGAUCACAAAUUACUUCAACAGCACAUAUUACACUUGAUGAUCCAAGUAAAAUUGGCAAAUAUACAUGUAUGGCACAAGAUAGUGCUGGAAACAGUGGUUCAGCUGUUCUUGAUAUGCAAGAAACUAAUGGUGGUUAUCCUCCACAACCUCAACCUCAACCUCAACCUCAACCUCAACCGAGUGAUCGAGGAGCUUUACGUAUUGUUGCACCAGAUAUGAGUGAAGGUGAUUUUAUUGAAAUUCAAUGUGAAGGUGCAGCACCCCAAGAUGAAUCACGUAUUCAAUGGUACUUCAAUAAUCGACUUAUUACUGAUGAACAACCACUUUAUCCACGUGGUAAAACUCUUCAUAUUCGACCAAUUUCACGAGCAUAUUUGGGCAAUUACCGUUGUUCUAUUCCUGGCAGUGGUUAUAUAGAUGCUAAUAGUGUUUUAACAUUCGCAGGAAUAGGACCAUUACCAGUUCACCCUGUUCAACCAACUGGUGAAUGCGGUAUUAAUGAAGCACACUGCCGUAAUAAUCGAUGUAUCCCUCGUGCAUUUGUCUGCGAUGGUAAAGAUGAUUGUGGUGACAAUAGUGAUGAAUCAUGUGGACCAGCUGAUGGAAGUGGUUCUGAUGUAUGUCAACCAAAUGAAAUUCGCUGUUCAAGUCCUAAUCGUGGAAGAAAAUGUGUUCAGAAAUUUUGGAUGUGUGAUGGUGAUCGUGAUUGCGAUGAUGGAAGUGAUGAACAACAACAUUAUUGUGAAUUACUUCCACGACAACGUUAUUGUAAACCAAGUGAAUUUCAAUGCCAGGGUGCUAAUGAUUCAUAUGGAAAUCCAGUAUGUGUUCCACGAUCAUUUCAAUGUGAUGGUUAUAGUGAUUGUCCUGAUCGUUCGGAUGAAGUUGGUUGUACUAAGCCGACAAUUAUUUCACCACCACAACGUCAAAUUCAAGUCAAUGCUGGUGAAACAUUAACUAUUCAAUGUACUGCUCGUGGUUCACCAGCACCAUAUAUUAAUUGGCGUCUCAAUUGGGGACAUAUUUGUGGUGAUGGUUCUGAUAAUGGACGUUGUACAAUGGCACAAGCUUUAGAUCCAAAUGAUCCAACAGUGGUUAUUGGUACACUUACAGUUCGUAAUGUCAAUCAAAGGGAUGCUGGUGCUUAUUCAUGUGAAGCUCUUAAUAAUCAAGGUUUUACUUUUGCUAUUCCUGAUGCUAUUGUUCAUGUUAUUAUUGAUCAACCUCCUAGACCAAUAGCACCAGCAUGUAAUUGUCAUGGUCAUUCUUCAUACUGUACACCAGAUGGAAUAUGUCAAAAUUGUCAACAUAAUACAGCUGGUCAACAAUGUGAAUAUUGUGCUUCAGGUUAUCAAGGAGAUGCUCGUCGUGGAACACCAUACGAUUGUGUAUUAGUACCAGUUCCUAGUCCACGUUGUGAUCCAUCUGGUACACAUAUGGAACGUAAUGGUCGUUGUGUUUGCAAAUAUAAUGUUCAAGGUGACCGAUGUGAUCAAUGUAAACGUAGUCAUUUCUAUUUAAAUCCAGUAACACCAAAUGGUUGUGUACCAUGUUUUUGCUCGGGUGUAUCAAGUGAUUGUGGACCUACGGAGUGGCGACGACAAGCUACACCACUUCCAUUAAAUAAUUGGAGUGCUGUACCAAAAAAUUUUGCUACUGAUCCAUAUGAAGUACGUGAUCGUAUUCAACAACGUCAUGGUGGACAUGAAAUAGCUCUUGAUCAAAGUUCAUUAGGUCGAUCAAAUAAUGAAGUACUUUAUUGGAAAGCACCAAGAGAAGUUCUUGGUGAUUUUGUUACAUUAUAUGAUGGUAAUAUUGAUAUACAUUUUACUAAUGAUGGUAAUGAAAAUGAAGCACCAAGUAAUGAUGAAUUAAUUUGGUUACGUGGUAAUAAUAUUGAUCUUGUUCAUAAACUUCCUAAAACACAACGAUUUCAAGCAAAUCGUAAUGCUACUUAUUCGGUACCAUGUAAUGAGAGAACAUUUACACGUAAAGAUGGUACACAUAUUGAUCGAGAAAAUAUUCUUAUGGCUUUAUCUGAUUUGGAUACUUUACUUAUUAAAGUAAAUCCAAUUGGUGGUCGACGUAAAGCUGCUCUUCGUGGUGUUACUUUAAAUCCUGCUAAACCUGAUGGUUAUGCUGAUCCAGCAUUAACAGUUGAAUCAUGUCGUUGUCCAGCUAAUUAUACUGGUACAUCAUGUGAAAAAUGUGCUGAAGGUUAUGGUCGUCCACAUCCAUUAGUUGGUAUUUAUUUGGGUCAAUGUUGGUCUUGUCGAUCAGUAUGUCAUGGACGAGCAGAUCAAUGUGAUCGAGAGACUGGCAGAUGUUUUAAUUGUCAAGAUAAUAGUGAAGGUGAUCGAUGUGAACGAUGUCGUGCAGGUUAUAUACUUGAUGAUCGAUCUCAUCAAUGUGUACAAGAUGGCUAUUAUCAACCAUAUCCACAACCACAACCACAACCCCAACCACAACCAGAACCAGAACCAGAACCAGAACCACCAGAAGAUACUGUUGGACGAGGUACAUAUUAUCUCGAUCAAAGACCAUGGGAUCCACGUAAUCCAACACCAUUAACUAUUGUUUUGGAUGGUAAUCAACCAGAACAACGUCUUCCACUUCAAGUUCAACAUAUCGAACCACAAUCGAUUGUAUGGGGUCGUACUGAUGGUGGUCCAUUACCAGCAAAUGUUGUUCAAGAAGGUUCUGAUCUUGUCUUUCGAAAUCCAUCACAGGACCAAGCUGGAAAUUAUAUUGCCACAAUAACUCAUCCUAAUGGUCAUACUGAACGUAUUCCUGUUUAUGUAGAUUAUCGUCCAGGACAAUGGAACUAUGAUCAUCAACAACCAGUAUUUAGUCCAGCAAGUCCAUUAUCAAUUAAUGAAGGUACAAAUCAAUUUAUUCAACCUCCAAAUGACUUUAAUAGAGCUCAUUGUACACGUGCUGAUGGACAACCACUUCCAUCAGGUAUUCAACAACAUGGUAAUGGUUUACAAAUUAGUAGUGCACAUCCUGAUCAUUCGGGUACUUAUUAUUGUGAAUUAUAUACAAAUGACGGUAGAACAGUUCGUGUUCCAUAUGAAAUUCGUGUACAACCUAGUCAACAACAUCCAUCAGUAGUUGGUACUCCACCAAGAGUAAGUAUUCGCCCACAAACAAUCAACUUGAAAGAAGGUCAACGUAUGAUUGUUCAAUAUACAGUUGCUUCACAGGAUCCAAUUGAAGUCACUUGGAAUAAAUUAACUGAUCAAGGUUAUCAACCAAUUCCAUCAUUAUUUUCUGUUGAACCAAAUCGUCUUGUUCUUCAUCGUGCUACACCUGAAUCAGCUGGUACUUAUCAAGUUACUGUACGUAAUAUACAUGGUGAAGAUCGACAAAAUCUAAAUAUUAAUGUCCAACCAAGACGUGGUGGUCAUCGUGGUCAACAAGCAGGUGCACCACAAAUUAAUCUUCAACAAGAACAAUAUGAAAUUGGUCGUGGUGAAAGACUUAAUAUAGCACCAAAUAUUUAUGGUGCAAAUGGAGGAACAAUCACAUGGUCAAAAGAUGGUUCAACAAAUUUACCUAAUGGUGUAACUGCACAUAAUGAUGGUACAUUACAGAUUGAAGGUCAAUCAGAUGAUGUUAUUGGACCAUAUACUCUUGAUGUAGCUAAUGCUCAUGGUCGUACAUCAAAAAAUAUUAAUGUUCGAUGGAAAGGAACACUUAAACAUGAUCAACAAGAUAGUAAUGGUCACGAUCAUGAAGGUUCACGUAGUUAUAUUGAUGUUCGUCUUUUAUCACGUGAUGAUAUAAACAGUCUUCAAGUUGGACGUGAUAUUCAUUUACAUUGUGCCGUUCAUGGAAGUGUUGAACGUCCAUAUGAAUAUACAUUUACAAAAGACGGUCAAGCAUUACAACAUAAUGUUGAAGUACAUCCAAAUGGUGAAUUAAUUAUUCGUAAUGCUCAAGCAAGUGAUGCUGGACGUUAUCGAUGUGAAGUUGCUUUUCCACGUGCACAUGACGCUGGAACACGACAAAGUACUUAUGAUCUUCAAUUUGCAGGUGGUUCAGUAGGAGAUUAUGAACAAGGUCAGCAAUAUGAAGGUGAACAAGGUCAUCAACCUGGACAUGAACAAGGUCAUCAACCUGGACAUCAACAAGGUCAUCAACCUGGACAUGAACAAGGUCAGCAAUAUGAAGGUGAGCAAGGUCAUCAACCUGGGCAUGAACAAGGUCAUCAACCUGGACAUGAACAAGAUCAUCAACCUGGACAUGAACAAGAUCAUCAACCUGGACAUGAAGAAGGUCAUCAACCUGGACAUGAACAAGGUCAACAAUAUGGACGUGAACAUGCUCAACCAUCUGAUUAUGUUGAUGUGACUGUUGAUCCACCCGAAGUAACUCUUUCACGUGGUGAAAAGGCAGCAAUCGCAUGUCGAGUUAACGGUGUUGAUCAAUAUGAAGUGAUAUGGAGUAAAUAUGGGCAUGAUACAAGUCUUCCAAGUUAUGCACAUCAAGAAGGAAAUAAUGUUAUCGUAGCACCAACGAAUGAUUCACCUGCUGAACAAUUAUACUUGCAAUGUCAAGUUAAUGUUCCAGGUCGUGCUCAACCAUCUCAAGCUUAUGCAUCGGUCAAUAUUCGUAAUGGAGAUGAGUCGACUAUUCGUCGUAAACCGACAUUAUUAAUUGAACCAUCGACACAUAUUCGAAUAUCAAAAGGAGACAAAUUGCGUAUAAAAUGUUUUGAUCCAUAUGAAACUUAUUCAACAACAAUUAGUUGGUUUAGGAAAGAUAUUACAUUGAUAAUAUUAUCAAAUCAACAUUCAAAUGGUAUUCUUGAUUUUGAUUUCGUAUCAGAUUCAGAUAUUGGUCAAUAUGUCUGUCGUGGUGAAAAUCAAGCUGGUUAUACUGAAGAAAUAGUUACAGUUGAGGUUACUGGAUUUCCACCUUCUAUUAUCAUUUUACCAAAGGUAACUAAUCGAUAUCUUCAAGUACCAUACUAUUCAACUCAAACUAUCGAAUGUUUAAAUGAAGAUAAUAGUAUACCAGUAGAUAUAACUUGGCGUCGUGUAGAUACUAAUGAUUUGGAUGUAUCAAAAACAACAAGACUUUUUCCAUCAAAUAUGCCUUUAGAAUUUAAACAUAGUGGUACAUAUAUAUGUAUUGCUACAAAUCCAUAUGGUUCUACUUCAGAAACUAUUACUAUUGAUGUUCAACAAAUACCACAUGACAUUUCAAUUGAUAUUGAACCUACAAAUAUAUUUUUAAUUAAUAGUGAAGUACGUUUUAAUUGUAGAUUACCACAAUCAAAUGAUAUUUGGUGGUCAUCAAUAAAUCAUUAUCAACGAGAAAAUAAUCCACUUACAUUUCAUGUAGGAUCAAAUUAUAUUAAUAAAAAAUUUAUUUGUCAUGCAAAAGAUAUUAAUGGAAAAUUACAUAGAAAAAUAAUUCGUAUUCAACGUUAUUCAGCAGAAUAUUUAAUCGCAGUUGUUAGUAAUGAUGAAGUUCAAAGAAGUUUAACAACUAAUCAACGAAAAACAAAAACACCUAAAAUUCAUAUUAGAUUAAUUACUGCUCGAACGGACAUUAAAGCAGGUGGAAUUGUUGAAUUACAUUGUUAUGUUGAAGAUAUUUUACCUAAUAAAGUAUCUUGGUCAUUUCAAUCAGGUUCAUUACCAAGCAAUACACAUGUAACAAAUGAUGGUCAUUUAUUAAUUUUUGAUUUUAAUACAGACAAUCUAGGAACAUAUACUUGUUCAGCAGAAACUUCUACUAAACAUCUUUCACAAUCAAUUGAAUUUCAACCAAAUGAUAUAUCUAAUAAUAAUAAUAAUAAUAAUAAUAAUAUAAAACCAUCACUUUCAUAUCAAAUCUAUUCAUCACGUUCGGAUUAUCGUAUUGGUGGACGUCUUCUUAUUGAAUGUAUUUCUUCAGAUCCUAAUCUUUCAAAAUUAUGGAUAAAAAAACAUGGAAAAUUAAAUAAAAAUAUAUCUGAAACUUAUCUUUUUAUGAAUAAAUUAAAUCGAAAAAAUAUUGCUCAAUAUCAAUGUUUAUCAUCAAAUGAAAAUCAACAAUCAUCAAUUAAUUUUAAGAUUACACAUUCAAAUAUUCUUUCUCAUAGAUUACCAUUAGAUAAAACUUCAAAUCUUCAUAUUGAAUUUCUUUCAUCAAUAAAUCAAAUAAAACUUGGUGGAAAUAUUCUUAUUAAUUGUUCAUCAUCUAAUCAAACACCAGUACAAUGGUUAUUAACUAAACAAAUAGAUGGAAUAAUAAUAAAUAAUUCUUAUCUUCAUAUUCCAAAAUUUUUACAUAAUCAUUUUGAUUAUUAUCAUUGUAUAAAUCAUAAUGAACGAAAAAAUUUAGUUUUAUCUCCAAGUUUAUUUGAAUUACUAGCAAAUUUUAAUUUAAAAAAACCAAAACCAAUUAAAUAUAAUAAAUCUUCUAUUGAAAUUAUUGAAGGAAAAUAUAUUGGAGAUAAUAUUACUUUAAUAUGUCGAAUAGGACGAGAUAUUUCACAAGGAAAAGUAGUUUGGUCAAAUGUUCCCAUAGAUAAAAAUCAUUUUUAUAUACGUGGUCCUCGUUUAGAAUUUCGUCCAUUUAAAUUAGAACAUCAUAAUCAAUACAAAUGUCUUAUUAAAUCAAAACUAUCAAAUGAAAUUUUACGUACACUAACAUUUAAUACACAGUCAAAUAUUUACGAACAAAUAGAUAGAAAACCAAAAAUGAAUUUAACAAUUGAUACAUCACAUUUAUUGGAUAAUGGUGAAUUAAGACUUAUUUGUAGUACAGAUAAUUUAAAUAAAUAUCAUCAAUGGACAUUUGAUGAUCAAAUACCAAGAUCAAAAAUUCAUUAUGAAUUAUUAAUGAAUGAUUAUACAUCAAUUAUGAUAAUACCGGAUUUUGAUCUUGAAGUUGAUUUAGGAAAAUAUGAAUGUUCAACAACAAAUAUCUAUGGUACAACAAUGAGAUUUAUUAAUAUUGAUAAAGAUUUAUUGAAAUCAGACUGA